AUGGACUGCAAGCAUGACAUUUGCGUUCCCUGUCUCUAUAGGGCUAUCCAAGCUUCCGACCCGAACCAUUUGCAGCAAGGGCAUUUCAGUUGCGCAGUCUGCGACCGAUUGGUCGGUGUUCCUGACUUUAUAAAGUACGAGGCGCGAAAGCCAGGUGGGGCUUUGGACACGGUGCAUCCGCCGCUUGACCACGGAGAGUUGAGCAAGCGGCUGCAGGAGGCGGGUCCCUUGCCGAAAUACUGUAUGGAUUGUAAUCGCGCGAUGGUGUCGGAGGUUCAAUGUUACUGCAUGGACUGUCGGGCGUACAUGUGUCCUUCCUGCGGAGAAAAGCGCCACCAGCGAACGUCGGAGUCGGGUUCAUACCGGAUGCUGGAGCACGUGGUGGUUCGCGUGCAGCCGAACCAGCACGGGAAUCCGGUGCUGAUAACUGCGGCGCAGCCUAUGGUGCAGGAGGAGAAUCGGUACAUACCGAACGCCGAAGGAAGCGGGUUGAUGGACAAGCCAGCGGGUAGUUCUCCCGGAGCCUACAGCUCCGGAGGCUACACCGCCGGGUGCUAUCCCGGUGGGUGGUGUGGUCGGAGGCCCGGUGGCGUGGGCCGCAGUGGUUAUUGCAAUAUUAUCACGGAAGUGACGAGCAAGCCAACAACCAGUUACUCUGACUAUGUGUGCGAGACGCAUCCGGAUCAGCCUGUGCAGUUUACAUGCAUGACCUGCAAGAGUCCAUGCCUAUGCGCAUUUUGUUGUAUCGGCGCAGACAGUGCUCACGGAAAGGGCCAUAUUGUGAUGGACUUGGCCACGGCAUGGGAUCGCAUUGAGUACGAGAUUAACGGGUCAGAGAUGGCUAAGCGGAAUGCGGCCAAAGACGAACUUCAGCGUCUCAGUGAGGUGUCGGGGAGUGUGGCGGUCCAUAUGCAUCAGCUCAUCAAGUUGCUCUUGGGUGCGGUUGACUCGUCGUUCAAGAUUUUGGACCAGGAGUUGCUGCGUUGCCGAGACACGAGUAUUUCUUCAGUGAACGCGACGUUUGCGCAUUUGGUGGACACACUCAACGCAGUGAUUGACGAUGACUACAUCAAAGCCAUUGCGCGCCCUAUGUAUGCGCUCCCGGGUGUGCUCCGGUCGCGAGGCAUUACGGUGGUUAAGUCCUACUCGGCGUGGGCGCGGACAAAUCCUAAGGGUCGAGAAACCCCGCGUACCGCCGUUAUCUCCACGGUCCAAUGA